CGCGGUCGGCCGGGCUGUCGGUGCCUAGCCCCCAGUGCGCGACACAUGGGGCGCCUGACUGAGGCGGCGGAAGCGGGCAGCGGCGCUCAGGCUGCGCACUGGGCAGGGCCCCCUCCCACGCUCCUGCCGCUCUCUCCCACGUCCCCCGGGUGCGCGGCCACCAUGGCGUCCAGCGACGAGGACGGCACCAACGGCGGCGCCUCGGAGGCCGGCGAGGACCGGGAGGCCCCCGGCAAGCGGAGGCGCCUCGGCUUGUUGGCCACCACCUGGCUCACCUUCUACAACAUCACCAUGACUGCGGGGUGGUUGGUUCUAGCUAUUGCCAUGGUACGCUUUUAUAUGGAAAAAGGAACACACAGAGGUUUAUAUAAAAGUAUUCAGAAGACCCUUAAAUUUUUCCAGACAUUUGCCUUGCUUGAGAUAAUUCACUGUUUAAUUGGAAUUGUACCUACUUCUGUGCUUGUGACUGGGGUCCAAGUGAGUUCAAGAAUCUUUAUGGUGUGGCUCAUUACUCACAGUAUAAAACCAAUCCAGAAUGAGGAGAGUGUGGUGCUUUUUCUGGUCGCGUGGACGGUGACAGAGAUCACUCGCUAUUCCUUCUACACAUUCAGCCUUCUUGAUCACUUGCCAUACUUCAUUAAAUGGGCCAGAUACAAUUUUUUUAUCAUCUUAUAUCCUGUCGGAGUUGCUGGUGAACUUCUUACAAUAUAUGCCGCCUUGCCGUAUGUGAAGAAAACGGGAAUGUUUUCAAUAAGACUUCCUAACAAAUACAAUGUCUCUUUUGACUACUAUUACUUUCUUCUUAUAACUAUGACCUCAUAUAUACCAUUGUUUCCACAACUCUAUUUUCACAUGUUACGUCAAAGAAGAAAGGUGCUUCAUGGAGAGGUGAUUGUAGAAAAGGAUGAUUAAAUGAUCCCUGCAAACAAGGUGCUUUUUCCAGAAUAACCAGGAUUUACUUGAGUCCAAAUUUUAAUAACAAGAAUAAACAACUUUGUGAAAUAUCAUGGAUUGUAUGGUUUCUUAAAAUAUAACUUGAGACAUGUGGUAUUUGCCAAUAUUUGUGUUCCUCUUAUGCCAGAUCUAUUUUUCACAAGAACUGUGCAAAUAUCAAUAACUCUUGGGUAGGUGUUGAUUACUAAGAAAAUAAUUAGGUGUAUUACCUGGGGGAAAAAAAACUUCUACUAAUUUUUUUUUAAACAUGCUCAAAGCUUUUAAAAUCAAUAUUUAGAAAUUAGUUUAAUGAUUUACUAUUAUACCUGCCAGUGAUAUUUAUGUGAUAUUUAUAAAUGAAAGUAAAUGCAAAUUU